GGAGGAGGGUGGAAUCGCCUGCAGGAAUCCAACAGUGAAGUCCGCGCGCGCAGGAGAGGAAACAUGCGCGGAUAGAAGAUCCGUCAGAUGAAACACAGCUUUCCUCGCGGCACUGAGACAUCUGAGGACACAUAGAGACAAGAAGGCUUUGGACAAGUUGUGUUUGGGAGGAAACGCGCCGGAGAUGAACACGAGCGACGCCAAGGAGUAUCUGGCGCGGCGGGAGAUCCCUCAGCUGUUCGAGAGCCUGCUGACCGGUCUGAUGUACUACCGACCCGAUGAUCCCAUCGAGUACCUGGAAGGCUGUCUGAAGAAAGUCAGGGAGCUCGGAGGGACGGACAAAGUGCGGUGGGAUACGUUUGUGGGCCAGGAGAAGAAGUCUCUGCCCCCCCUCAAUGGAGGCCAGUCACGCAGGUCCCUCUUCAGAAACGUGCUGCCCGACAGCCCCAACUUUCCCUACAGACGCUAUGACCGCCUCCCCCCCAUCAACCAGUUCUCCAUCGAGAGCGACUCGGACCUAUCGGAGACGGCCGAGCUCAUAGAGGAGUACGAGGUGUUUGAUCCGUCCAGACCACGACCCAAAGUCAUCCUCGUCAUCGGUGGCCCCGGCAGCGGCAAAGGAACUCAGAGCCUGAAGAUCGCCGAGCGCUACGGCUUCCACUACAUGUCUGUGGGCGAGCUGCUGAGGAAGAAGAUGAUCCACAACGCCACCAGUAACCGCAAGUGGAGCCUCAUCGCCAAAAUCAUCACCAACGGAGAGCUGGCGCCGCAGGAGACGACAAUAACUGAGAUAAAACAGAAGAUCAUGAAGAUCCCAGAUGCUAACGGUAUUGUCAUAGAUGGGUUCCCUCGAGACGUUGGACAGGCCCUGUCCUUUGAAGACCAGAUUUGCACUCCAGACCUGGUGGUUUUUCUGGCCUGCACCAACCACCGUUUGAAGGAGAGGCUGCAGAAACGAGCCGAGCAGCAGGGACGACCUGACGACAACCCAAAGGCCAUCGAUCGCCGCCUCACUAACUUCAAGCAAAACACCAUUCCUCUGGUCAAGUACUUCCAGGAGAGGGGCCUCAUUGUUACGUUGGAUGCCGAUCGAGAUGAAGAGGAGGUUUUCUGUGACAUCAGCAUGACGGUGGACAACAAGCUGUUUCCCUCCAAAGAGCCGGCCGCCGGCCCGAGUGAGCUGGACCUCAGUCUGUUGGGUGAAACAAGCAGCCUGUCAGAUGUAGCCUGCAAGACUGAUGAGGUUGAAGACGAGGAGGACAUCGGUUUUGAUGAAGGAGCCACAGAAAGUUAUUGCACAGAACAGAAGAAACCAAAGGUCAUCUUCAUGAUGGGUGGUCCGAGUUCGGGUAAGGCCCUUCAGUGCGAGCGAUUGGAGGAGAGGUUUGGCCUGCGUCGGGUCACCCUCGGCGACCUGCUGUGCAACGAGCUGCAGUGUCACAGCGAAAGAGGACGUCACCUGCGGGACGCCCUGGAGAGAGGAGACAGACCGCCUGAGGACACGCUGCUGGAGCUGCUGCGUGACGCCGUGGUCUCGUCGGGGCGGCAGGGGAAGGGUCUCGUCGUCAGCGGUUUCCCCAGAGACCUGAAGCAGGCCGAGGAGUACGAGGCCAAGAUGGGGGAACCGAGCGCGGUGCUCCUGCUGAGCUGUUCUCCAGAGACCAUGUCCGGUCGGCUGCAGCGUCGCAGGAGAUCCUCCUCCGCCUCCGACACCGACAGCGCCCUGCACAGGAGGGCCGAGAUCUUCUUCGAGGACAGCCAGGCCGUCACAGCUCACUACGAACGCAGGAGGCUUCUGCACACGAUUGAUGCCGAGAGGUCACCAAACGAAGUGUUCGCUCAGAUCUGCCAAGCUGUCGAGUCCUGCUCCACCGUCUGAUUUCCAUUUACACCCCCCAGUUCCUCUGAAGACCCACUCUUCCCCUCCACUGAAACCCCUCCACAUCACCGGCACCAGCUUAUUGAACUCUAGUGGUUUGCAUGUCUCACCUGCAGUCAACACCCGACUCAUUUCGCUUCACCCACGUGCGUUUUCUCCCUCCUCCCCACCUCACACCAACCUCAGUAAAUACUGCUAACUGCCGGAGCGAGGCUCAUAACCGUGCAGAGAGCGCGCCCAGUGUUCCACCAGGGGAGCCGAGGACGGUUUUCCUGCCGUGCUACAAAGUGGAAAUGUCGGUGUGUGUUCACGCUCGUGCUCGGCACUACGCUUUGUAUCGUA